AUACGGGAACAUGCGACUGACGGAACUGAGCUGAAGCGCACAGUCCCACCGCAGCUACGGAGUCUUGACUCAAUUCGAAUAGGAUCAAAAUCAAGGAACGGACGGAAGAGAGGAGGGAGAAGUCGAGGGAAAGGGGCAGUGUGCCGUGGAAAGAUCCCGACGGGAGAGCGGGAAAGAGCGAAGAGGAGCCGGGCAGCACUCUGGCUUGGCACCAAUAGGAAACAUGUACUGCGCGUACACCAUCCCGGGAAUGACCAGCAGCUCUCUCAUGUACUACUACAACGGGAAGGCGGUAUACGCCCCCUCUGCCAGUUCAGCUGACUACAACAGGGACUCGCCAGGAUACCCCAGUUCAAAGCCCCCCACCACUGGGUUCCCUGGUUCCUUCUUUAUGCCAGAUGGCCACCACAGCAGUGACCCUUGGAGCAGCAGCAGCAGUAGCAGUAUGUCCCAGCAUGGUGGUUACCAUGGCAAUAUGCUUGGGGGAGGCACCUCUGGCCACACCCCCUCUCAAAGCUCCUCUUAUUGUGGGAUCCACCCCCAUGACAGAUUGAAUUACCCGCCUCACUCGUCAGCAGACCUCAGCUCCAGUCUGCCUCCAAUGACCAGCUUCCACAGGGGGAGCAGCUCAUCUGGAGGGGGCAGUCACUACAGCACAGCAUCCUGCACCUCCAACACCAACGGAACAGACUCCAUCAUGGUGAAUCGUGCCCAGAGUGGAGCAGCCAGCAGCUCUCAGACCGGAGAUGCCUUAGGAAAAGCACUUGCUUCAAUUUAUUCUCCAGACCACACAAACAACAGCUUUUCGUCAAACCCCUCUACCCCAGUUGGAUCUCCGCCCACACUUACAGCUCCCAGUUCUGCUGCUUGGUCGAGAAAUGGAGGACAAGGAGCCCCCUCGCCCAACUAUGAAGCCCCAUUGCACUCUCUGCAGACACGCAUUGAGGAUCGACUGGAACGCUUGGACGAUGCCAUUCAUGUGCUACGGAGCCAUGCGGUGGGGUCCUCUACAGGCCUGAGUGCACACGGUGACGUUCACAGUCUUCUGGGAACACAUAAUGGCAUUAUGGCUUCUCUGGAGUCUGGCUAUGGCUCAGGCCUGCUGUCCUGCCGGCCCUCGCUCAUGGUGGGCUCUCACAGAGAGGAGGGGGGUCAUCGAAACAGUCACAUGACAACUCAGUCUGUCUCUCAACUGUCCAAUCAGGCAGCCACCACUUCACCUGAGCUGAACCACAGUGACCCCUACAGAGUGCUGUCCAGAGGAGUGCAGGGGCAGAGUGCAUCUUCAGUCAGCUCUGAGAUCAAAUCUGAAGAUGAGGUGGACGAGAACCUGCUGCAGGAUUCCAAAGCCCUAGACCCAAAGGAGGAGGACAUUGACGGGAAGGAGCUCAAAGCUUUAGAGAGCAACAAUGAUGAUGAAGACCUCACACCGGAGCAGAAGAUGGAGCGUGAGCGGGAGCGAAGGAUGGCCAAUAACGCCCGGGAGCGUCUGCGAGUGCGCGACAUUAACGAGGCCUUCAAGGAGCUGGGCCGAAUGGUCCAGCUGCAUUUGAAGAGCGACAAACCCCAAACUAAGCUGCUCAUCCUUCAUCAGGCCGUGGCAGUCAUCCUCAGCCUGGAGCAACAAGUCCGAGAGAGAAAUCUGAAUCCAAAGGCAGCGUGCUUAAAACGGCGUGAAGAGGAGAAGGUUACUGUGGCAACAGAAGGGCCUCCACUGUCUCUGGCACCCACACACCAUCCCAUGGGCUCAGACGGCUCCAUGGGACAUAUGUAAAAUGGUUCAAGGAGCCAGGCUGCAGAAGACUACUUUCUCGACCUUUAG